AUGGCGGAGAAGUCGAUGUCAACGUACAUUCCGCUGGAGGUUGCUCUUCCUCCGUCCCCCAAUUUGAGCUUCUUCUCCGAUGCGCAGUGGACGACCCUCUUUGCGCUCUGUGACGCGGUUGUGCCAUCGAUCCGCACCGCUGCCACCGUUCAGUCGUCUGCGGACAAAGUGAUCUCGACCGGCGAAUGGGAUGCCGCUGUCUCGAAGCUGACUUCUUUGAUCCCCGGCCCGGACGCUGCGAAGAUUGCAGCCCGCUAUCUGGAGGAAGAUGUCUCGUCCAACCCCGUCUUCCGUUCGUACGUGGAGAGAAUUCUAGGCAGCUACGUGCACGACGAAGGCAAGGCUGGAUUCGGUUUCAUUAUGAAUGCACUCAACACCCGAGCCGGUUCACUGAUUCUGACCGGCUCAACAACACCCAUCCACCAACAACCCAUUGCUUUCCGAGAAAAGGUCUUUCGGGGCUGGGACACUUCUCGUUUGCCCCCUCUUCGCUCCGUCUACCGCGGUCUUACUGGCAUUGUCAAGAAAUCGUGGGUGAUGUCUAGCCCGACGAUCAAUGAUGUUCUUGGCUUUCCCCGCGUCCCGGUGCACGGAAAACCCGUGGAUUCAUUCCCCUUUGAGUUCCUGCAAUUCCCACCGAGCGAUGAGCCGGAGACGAUCGAGACCGACGUGGUCGUCGUCGGAAGUGGAUGCGGUGGUGCCGUUACCGCAAAGAACCUGGCGGAGGCCGGUCUUCGAGUGCUUGUGGUGGAGAAAUCAUAUUCAUACACGAGCAAAUCCUUCCCAAUGACGGCGAAUGACGGUUACAUCAGCUUGUUUGAGAAUGCCGGUGCUACUGCCAGUGACGACGGCUCCAUGGCCGUUCUGGCGGGUUCAACGUGGGGGGGUGGUGGCACCGUCAACUGGUCUGCAUCUCUACAGACCCAAGCGUACGUUCGUCAGGAAUGGGCCGACGGCGGUCUGCCAUUUUUCACUUCCCUAGAAUUCCAGCGGAGUCUUGAUCGCAUUUGCGACCGAAUGGGUGUGAAUACCGAGCACGUCGAGCACAACCGCGGAAACAGCGUGAUUCUGGAGGGUGCCCGUAAGCUGGGGUAUGCUGCGAAUCCUGUACCCCAGAAUACCGGGAAUGCCCAACACUACUGCGGAUACUGCACGCUGGGAUGUGCGUCAUGUGGCAAGAAGGGCCCUACCGAAACAUUCCUGGUGGACGCUGCGAAGGCUGGGGCGAUCUUCGUCGAAGGCUUUCGUGCGGACAAGGUGCUGUUUGAAAAGAAGGAUGGCAAGCGUGUGGCCAGUGGGGUUCAAGGAACGUGGACCUCGCGGGACUCGUAUCUCGGCCUCGGUGGGAGCGAUGCCGUGAAGCGCAAGGUAAUUGUGAAGGCUAAGAAGGUCGUUGUGUCUGCUGGAACCCUGCAGAGCCCUCUUCUGCUGAUGCGCAGUGGCCUCAAAAACCCCCAGAUUGGAAAGAAUCUCCAUCUUCACCCGGUUAUGGGAGCUGGUGCCGUGUUUGAUGACGAGGUUCGUCCGUGGGAAGGCGGAGCGUUGACUACAGUGGUCAACGAGUUUGAAGAUCUCGACGGACAUGGACACGGUGUGAAGAUUGAAGCGGUGGCGAUGAUGCCUUCUGUGUUUAUUCCCGUCUUCCCCUGGCGAGGUGGAUUGGACUACAAGCUGUGGGCGGCCGGCAUGAGGCGCAGCACCAGCUUCAUUACCUUGACGAAGGACCGCGAUACCGGCCGUGUCUACCCAGACCCGACGGACGGGAGUGUCCGGGUCGACUACACCGUCUCCGCAUUUGACCGCCGACAUAUCGUGGAGGGAUUGAUUGCUAGUGCCAAGAUUGCGUACAUCUCGGGCGCCAAAGAGUUCCACACGACCUACCGUGACAUGCCUCCAUUUAUCCGACCCGAUGAGUCGACGAUGGAGAAUCCAGACGGUACCAACGACGCUGCGCUGCAGAACUGGAUUGCCGAACUGCGCCGAAAGUCACCCCUGAAUCCGGAACGGGGGUUGUUUGCUAGCGCACAUCAAAUGGGCACAUGUCGGAUGGGCAAGUCUCCCAAGUCGAGCGUCGUGGAUCCCGAUUGUCAGGUCUGGGACACCGACGGUCUGUACGUCGUGGAUGCGUCUGUCUUCCCGAGUGCCAGCGGUGUGAACCCGAUGGUCACCAACAUGGGGAUUGCCGACUGGGCCAGUCGCAACAUCGCUCGGGCGCUGGGCAAACCCAAGAAUGACCGAAAUGGGAUGGCUCGUCUGUAA